GUGAACGAGACACACAGCUGCAGCUCCACCAACUCAACAAGAUGGUGUUCACCAUUAAGGACAUGAGCUUUAAGGCCGGGAUGGAGAUGAAGGUCUCUGGAAAGACUAAACCCGGCUGUGAAGCGUUCUCCAUCAACAUCGGUCACGACGCAGACACAAUCGCUCUUCACUUCAACCCUCGCUUUAACAGCAACGUCAUCGUGUGCAACUCCAACCAUGGAGGCUGGGGAGACGAGCAUCAGGAACCUUGCUUCCCUUUUCAACAGGGCGAAGAGUUCAAGCUUAGCAUCACCUUCAACAAUGACACUUUCUACAUCAAGCUCCCGGGGGGCACCAUGAUGAGCUUCCCCAACCGCUUGGGUGACGACGUCUUCAAACAUGUGCACGUGACGGGAGACGUGAAGAUCAGCAGCAUUAAGAUCAACUGAGAAAAUGGUUCCUUAUGUGUCAGACCUCUGAUGAUAUCCACUGAAUGUACCAAAGAAACCCAAAGUGUGUCAAAUAAAUCCACUGACAGAAUGA